AGAGCACGAAGAAGAAGAAGAAGCACGCACGCGCACAUGGGCAGCGCGGGAACUUAGAAACGCAAAGUUGCUACAAAUAAUUGAAAGUCAACCGGUUUUAUAAUAAAGUAACGUUUGUGCGCGACAUUAGUAAGCGUAACGAUACAUUGUAACGCACUAUAUGGAUUAACUUAUAUGUAAUGUUGUCUCAGACUUUUUGCUUGUGCAGUGUGGCGACCUCCACUCACAUUCUCCAUAUGCAACAUUGUUUGUAAAGGGAAGACAAAAUAUCAGAGAGCACGUAUGGACCAUUGCAGUGGGAGACAAGAGGACAGAGACGCUCGGAAAACAAAUAUGUGUUUUGGUCAGUAUGUAUAUACUGCAGAAGAGUAUCAGGCCGUCCAGAAUGCUCUACGGCGGAGACUCGGACCUGAAUAUAUCAGCACCAGACAGGCCGGAGGAGGUCAAAAGGUGUGUUAUAUCGAGGGUCACAAAGUCAUAAGUUUGGCCAAUGAAAUGUUUGGAUACAAUGGAUGGUCGCACUCGAUAUCACAACAAAACGUUGACUUUGUGGAUCUUAUCAAUGGGAAGUUUUAUGUUGGUGUAAGUGCCUUUGUGAAGGUCCAGUUAAAGGACGGCUCGUUUCAUGAGGAUGUAGGGUACGGUGUGAGCGAAGGUCUCAAAUCUAAAGCUCUGUCGCUGGAAAAGGCAAGAAAAGAAGCGGUUACAGACGGACUUAAAAGAGCACUCAAGUGUUUUGGGAAUGCUCUUGGAAAUUGUAUUCUAAAUAAGGAAUACCUUAUAGCCAUCAAUAAAAUACCAAAGCAGCCACCUCCCCCUUUAGACCCAGACAAGACCAAACGCUGUGACGAAGAGCCAUCCAUUGAGAAGGCCAGGUACAAGAGUCUGGCCAAAAUCGAAAGCAGGGGAUGUAUUAAGUCUGAACCAACCAACAAUCCCUCGGGGGGGAUGGGAGUCCACCGUGUACAAGAAGUGCCUGAGAAUGGUACUGAAUCCAGGACUUCGCUGACAAACACGGCAGCACAUUCUGGCAACACAUCGGCCCACCAAGAGCCCAACAACACCUCAAGGUCAGCAGCUGCUGUGUCUGACCUGUCCUCAUCUGACCCUCCUCUGGACCCCAAACAGCAGAGGAAGCUGAGGCAGCAGCAGCUGCAGCAAAAGUUCAGACAGGAGAUGGAGGCAAAGAAGCUGCUACAUGAACAAGCACAAAACACUCCACCUUUAAAUCCAUCCACAGUGCAGGCACUGCAUCUAAAACAAGGACAGGGUAUAGGUCCAGUCAACCACAGUACACCGAACGGACAUCUGGUGUCGACUAAGCAAGAGUAUCUGGCCGCUGAUGACCCCGAAUUAUGGGACUUCACGUUAGACGGCAUCGAUAUGCUGGACGAUGCCGCAGGAAGCUCCUCUGAGCCUCCUCGUCCCACCACACCUAGUCAGCACAAGAUGGUGACACGCAGCAAGACUCCACAGAGAGGCCAAUACCUGAGGCCACCCGCUCAACCGCAGGGGCAUGUUGUUCCUCAAGGCCAGGGAGGAUAUGCUCAGUUCAGAUCCUCAGAGGCAAAAACUAUUGCGGGAGCAGGUGGAUCACAGAGCCCAUACAGACAAGGCCAGAUGAUGAAGAAACGAAGACUGGACACUUGACAAAUAUAAUUAUUUAUUGUUUUCUUUUUAAAAAAUAUAUUCACUUUUAUGCAUUUUUUUUCCUAAUGUGUGAAUAUGAAAAGCUAAUAAAUGUUUGUCCUGUGCUUUC